AUGGUUCGUAUGAAGUCAUUGGUCCGUAGCUUCGUUUGGUGGCCAGGCAUCGACGCUGACAUCGAGACAACCGGCAAGGUCUGUGCUGGCUGCCAGGCACACCAGGCAGCACCACCAAAGUCACCACUCCAUCCCUGUGAGUGGCCGUCCAAGCCACGGCAAUGCCUCCACAUUGAUUUUGCAGGACCGUUCCAAGGGCACAUGUGGCUGAUCGUGGUGGAUGCCCACAGCAAGUGGCCGGAAGUUCUGCCAAUGAACAGCACCACUGCUCCAGUCACCGUUCGCUGUCUCCGGGAAGUGUUCGCCCAGCAUGGUUUGCCUGACCAGAUCGUCAGUGAUAAUGGCCCGCAAUUCACAUCCGAUGAGUUCCGUCGUUUCACUGAAGCCAACGGCAUUACGCAGACCUUCUCAGCACCGUACCACCCAUCGACUAAUGGGUUGGCCGAACGAUUCGUGCAUACGAUGAAGCAAGCACUCAAGUCCCAUUCGGACACAGCACCGCUUGAGUUCUUGCCUCGCUUCCUGUUGUCGUAUCGCACCACACCACAUGCAACAACGAAUGCCACAAAAAGCAUCUUUGCUAAUGCAUCGUGA